AAAAACACACCAAACAAACACACCAUUUUCGGAAAGAAUAGGUUCCAAAAAAAAAAAGUGAGCGUGAUGAGAAACAAAGCUUACGUUCUGUUCUUCCUUUCAUUAUCCCUUCUCUUUUUAAAUUCAUCUUCCAUCAGUUUCAGAGCACCACCUGUAAGACCACUACCUGUAACUUCUUACUUGAAGUCAAUUCAGAGGUUUAAGAAAUGGAUAGAUUUCUUGGACCGCUCCAACAUAUCAUCCCGUCUUGCGGCUCGUACUAGUUAUCAAAUCGGAGAAAAUAUCACUUUCUUAUCCAAUUUCAAAGUCUACCUUGAUUAUUACAAUUACCUUAAUACCCCUAACAUCUCCGAUAUCUACACGAAUGAGUUCAAGUCAGCCUUAAAAGAGUUUCAGAGCACCUUCGGUCUCGUUUCCAGCGGCCAGCUUGACAUCAAAACUGUUUCGCUGAUCAUGACGCCGCGAUGCGGCGUUCCUGAUAUUAUAAAUGACGUCUCCAUUAUCAUGGAGGAUGGCACAAUGACGUUUAAUAACUCGUGGUGGCCGACUGGGAAGAAAGAGUUCACCUAUGCUUUUUCUCCAGAAAAUGAUACGACGUUGUCAAGGCCUGCGUUCUCAGAUGCCUUUGACCGGUGGUCCAAGGUGACGGGAUUGUCCUUCACGGAGACGCCGUUGUGGAACAAAUCUGACAUUCAAAUCAUGUUCCGGCCAUUGGACGGGAAGAAAGGAGUGGUAGGUGGCACCAGGUUCGAUAACAACAAGGGCAACUUGGUCGUUUAUUUAGACUCCAAUGAGAGCUGGGCAUCGCCGACCGACGCUAAGCAUGUGGACAUAGAGUCGGCGGCGAUGCACCAGAUCGGACACGUGUUGGGAUUUGGCCACACGACGAUACGCGAGGCGGUGAUGUACCCUUUCUUAAAGCCGAAGGAAAAGAAGGUGGUUUUUGCGGAAGCUGAAUUGGAUAGCAUUCACCUGCAGUACGGCGGAGCAGCUGCCGGCGUGGAGCCGGGAUGGAAACUAGUUUCAACUUUAUGUCUUAGUAUUGCAUCUGCAUUGCUUUUUCGGUUCUGACAAUAUAAAAUAAAGAGAGACGGAAUAUGGGAUAAUGAUUAAUUAGAAUAAUUAAGAUUUAUUUAAGAUAUUAAGAUUAUUAGGCAUAUUUAAAUAAGGAUAUUUAUCUAUUAGAAUUAAGAUUUGUUAUUUUAUUUUAUUGUUAUUUUAGAUUUAUUUAUGUUCAAUAAGAUAGGAUAUUAUCAUCAUAUCAAUAUCUUUUUGAAUUAAAUUAAGAUUUAGAUUUAAA